GAGAGAGAGAGAUGCGCUUUCUGCAGUCGGACUUUCGGCGUCAUUGAGAGACUACUAAUGCAGUGCGCCUAAAGGUUCUGCGGUCCAGGGAAUGCCUUAUCGACCACGUCCACACCACACAAUGAUUCAGACAGGAACGGAGGCUGCAAACUUUUGAGCGGAGGUGGUGUGUGUACGUGUGUGUGUUAUGAUUCAUGCAGAGAGAAGCUGAAACGUAGAGUUCCGCUAAAUAAUUGGAAACAAAACGUAAGGACGCCGAGUCGGAAGAGAGGACGCGCGUGGAGCAGGUUGCAGCUACAGAGGCUUUUAAAACCCGAACCUCAUCCUUCCCUUCUAAACAGCGUGUAAGGUUUGUCUGGAGCCUGUCCCGGAUAUAAAGACGAAGCUCGCGUUAUCAGAAUCUUUCAUUCCCCCGUUUUGCUGUGAAAUCCUCCAGCAGCAUCCGUGAACCCCGCAGUCUGCUCGAGAUGGUUCAGUCCGCCUGCGCGAAUCCGCUCCCGACGCGAGGGGAUUUUUCUCAGCGCCGACACGAAGCAAAUCUUCCCGUGAAAACCAUCUGAUAAUAGUGAACAUCCGCCGAGACGCAACAAAACCCCCGAAACAACACCGCAAAUACCUGCCAUGGGCGCCACUUUGAAAUCGGAAGACGCGGGACUUGUACGGACUGCCUGUGAAUGCGCAGGGAAAUCGGGGAGAAUAAGGUUUUUCUUACUAAUGAAGACGGGAGUAACCUCGCAGCCCUGGAACCGGCUUCUGCUUUUGUACAUUGUGCUGCUCGCUGCCUCGGUUCACGGCAACGCUCAAAACUGCAGUUACACACUAUAUAAUCCAAAUGGAACGAUAGAAAGCCCUGGAUACCCUUACGGAUACCCGAACUAUGCCAAUUGCACAUGGGUGAUUGUGGCACAAGAACACAACCGGAUACAGCUGGUUUUCCAAGGGUUUGCUUUAGAAGAGGACUUUGACAUACUGUCUGUCUACGAUGGGCAGCCAAGUCCUGGAAACCUACGGACCCGGUUAACAGGCUUCCGGCUUCCUCCUCCAAUAGUCAGCACUGGAGCGAGACUCACACUGUGGCUACUAUCGGACUAUGCUGUGAGUGGCCAGGGCUUCAAAGCAAUAUAUGAAGCUCUUCCUAGCUACACUUGUGGUAACCCCGGGCAGCUGCAGAAUGGCCUCCAGCAGGGCUCCACUUUUAACAUCGGGGAUAAGAUUCGCUACAGCUGCAGCCAGGGAUUCGUUCUGGAAGGCCACGCUGUGCUUUCGUGCCUGGCCACAUCCUCAGGCACGGCUGCUUGGGACUUCCCCCUGCCCUACUGCCGAGCAGACGAUGGCUGUGGGGGAACACUACGAGGUCAGAGCGGCGUCAUCACAAGUCCAAACUACCCACAGGAGUAUAACAAUAAUGCUGACUGCACAUGGACAGUGCUGGCUGAGCCAGGUGACACCAUCGCCCUCGUUUUCACUGACUUCCAGCUAGAAGAAGACUACGAUGUCCUGGAAGUCAGUGGUACAGAUGGCUCCGCACAGUGGUUCACAGGUCCAAAUCUUCCCUCACCUAUUAUUAGCAGUAAGAAUUGGCUACGUAUCCACUUUACCACUGAUGGCAACCAUAAGCUAAGGGGAUUCAGUGCUCAGUACCAAGUAAAGAAGAUGACAGAGCUGAAGUCCAGAGGAGUAAAGAUGCUUCCAAGUAAAGACAACCACAGCAAGAUUUCAGUGUUAUCCCAGAUGGGUGUGGCGCAAGGACACAACAUGUGCCUGGACCCUGGGAUCCCAGACAGGGGGAAAAGAAAAGGCACGGACUUCAGACGUGGGGCCACAGUGCACUUCUCCUGUGAUGAAGGUUAUGAGCUGCAGGGCUCCAAGAGCAUAACCUGCAUGCGUGUAACUGACAACUACGUAGGCUGGAGUGAUGACCGACCCAUCUGUAGAGCACCCAUGUGUGGAGGCCAACUUCGAGGCCCCAGUGGUGUCAUUACUUCCCCCAACUUCCCAGUCCAAUAUGAUAACAAUGCCAACUGCACAUGGAUCAUUACAGCUUCAGACCCUUCCAAGGUAAUAAAGUUGACCUUUGAAGACUUUGACUUGGAGCGUGGCUACGACACUCUAACGGUGGGCGAUGGCGCUGUAAUUGGGGACCAAAGGACUGUCUUUCAUGUGCUUUCAGGAACUAACACUCCAGACCUGGUGGUAAGCACCAGUCAUCAGAUGUGGCUGAAUUUCAAGACAGAUGACACCAGUGGGUCCUUGGGAUUCAAAGUGUCUUAUGAGGAAAUUGACCAGGGGGGGUGUGGAGACCCUGGAAUUCCAGCCUACGGCAAGCGAGAAGGCACAGGCUUCAGGCACGGUGACAGACUGUAUUUUGAAUGUCUACCUGCCUUUGAGCUGGUGGGAAAGAAGAACAUCACCUGUCAAAAGAACAACCAGUGGUCAGCCAAGAAGCCCAGCUGUGUGUUCUCAUGCUUUUUUAACUUCACUACACCAUCUGGAGUUCUGCUCUCGCCCAACUACCCUCAGGAGUAUGGGAACAACAUGCACUGCGUGUGGCUGAUCAUUGCUAAGCCUGAGAGCAGGAUCAACCUGGCCUUCAACGACCUGAGCAUGGAAAAGCAGUUUGACUUUCUGUCCAUUAAAGAUGGAGGGAAGGCUGAGUCACCCAUUUUGGGCAGUUUUUCUGGGGAUGUUCUGCCUUCGCCCAUCACCACGAGUGGACACGUAGCACGGCUGGAGUUUCUCACUGAUCACACGUAUACUGACCGUGGUUUCAACAUCACCUUUACGACAUUUCGUCACAAUGAGUGCCCCGAUCCUGGUGUUCCUGUCAAUGGGAAGCGCUUUGGGGAGAAUUUGCAGCUGGGCAGUUCCAUUUCAUUCCUAUGCGAGGAGGGUUUUGUGAAGACCCAUGGCUCCCAGACCAUUUCCUGCAUCCUCAAAGAUGGCAAUGUAGUGUGGGACAAUGCUGUGCCACGCUGUGAAGCUCCAUGUGGUGGAGAUUUGAAAGCUCCCAGCGGCAUCAUCCUGUCCCCCGGAUGGCCCGAGCUCUAUAAAGAGGCUCUCAACUGCGAGUGGAUCAUUGAGGCUCCACCUGGAUACCCGAUCAAGAUCAUCUUUGACAAGUUUCGGACAGAGGUUAACUAUGACGUGCUGGAGGUGCGGGACGGGCGAUAUCCCUCCUCGCCAAUGAUUGGUAGUUACCAAGGUACCCAAGUGCCCCAGUUUCUCAUUAGCACCUCCAACUUCCUCUACCUGCUCUUCACGACAGACAAGAGCCAUUCUGACAUCGGCUUCCGGAUCCGAUACGAGACCUUGCAGCUGCAGUCUGACCACUGUGUUGAUCCCGGGAUUCCAGUCAAUGGCCAACGGCAUGGCAAUGAUUUCUAUGUGGGCGCACUUGUGACCUUUAGCUGUGAUGCAGGAUACACCCUAAGUGACCCCGAGCCUCUAGAAUGCGAGCCAAACUUCCAGUGGAAUCAUCCCCUUCCUAGCUGUGAUGCACUUUGUGGCGGGUUUAUCCAAGGAAACUUUGGCACUAUUCUGUCCCCUGGAUUUCCAGACUUCUACCCUCACAACCUCAAUUGUACCUGGAUGAUUGAGACCUCACAUGGCAAAGGUGUCCAGUUCACCUUCCAUACAUUUCACCUGGAGAGCCCGCAUGACUAUCUCCUAGUGACAGAGAAUGGUAGUUUUUCUCAUCCACUUUGGAGGCUGACCGGCUCCAUCCUGCCUCCCCCUCUCAGUGCCGGGCUGUUCGGGAACUACACUGCUCAGAUCCGCUUCCUUUCAGAUUUUUCUGUGUCUUACGAGGGCUUUAAUAUCACCUACUCAGAGUAUGAUCUAGAGCCAUGUGAGGACCCAGGUGUGCCUCCAUUCAGUACACGUAAAGGGCUGCAGUUUGGCGUAGGGGAUGCACUCUUCUUCUCCUGCUUUCCUGGGUACCGGUUGGAGGGGCCAGCCAAGGUGGUGUGUUUAGGGGGGCGGCGGCGGGUUUGGAGUUCCCCUCUCCCAAGGUGUGUUGCUGAAUGCGGUUCUUCUGUGACUGGGAAACAAGGCAUCCUCCUGUCUCCAAACUACCCCGGCUACUAUGGCAACAAUCAUGAGUGCAUCUACUCCAUCCAGACCCAACCUGGCAAAGGCAUUCAGCUUCGGGCUCGAGACUUCCGCCUGGAGGACGACGACAUGCUAAUGGUGUAUGACGGCAGCAGUAACCGUGCUCGUUUGCUAGGAGCCUUCAUGGGCACAGAGCUAAUGGAGGUGACGCUAAACAGCACGUCCAGUAGUAUGUGGCUGGAGUUUAUCAGCAACAGUGAGAACACCAGCAAAGGCUUCGAGCUGCACUUCACCAGUUUUGAUCUGGUUAAAUGUGAGGAUCCAGGCAUGCCUCAGUUUGGCUAUAAGCUGGAGGAUAAGGGUCACUUUGCAGGAAGCACGGUGUCAUACAGCUGUGAUCCUGGUUAUACCUUAAAGGGUAAUGAGGUGCUGACAUGUCUCAGAGGGGAGAGAAGAGCCUGGGACAGUCCUCUACCGCAGUGUAUAGCUGAGUGUGGUGGGAUGAUCAAGGACGAGCCCACGGGUCGCAUCCUGUCUCCAGGUUACCCAGCGCCCUAUGAGCACAAUCUGCACUGUGUGUGGACCAUCGAGGCUCCACCUGGAAGCACCAUCGGGCUGCACUUUCUGGUUUUCCACACGGAGGAGGUGCACGAUGUGUUGCGGAUCUGGGACGGGCCUCAGGACGGAGGUGUACUUCUUAAAGAAUUGAGUGGCUCCACGCUGCCUCUGGAUCUCCACAGCACCUUCAACUCCAUCAGCCUGCAGUUCACUACAGACUUCUUCACCAGCAAACAGGGCUUUGCUCUGCAGUUCUCAGUGUCCACAGCUACAUCCUGUAACGACCCAGGCUUUCCUACUAAUGGCACACGCAGUGGGGACAGUAAAGAGCCGGGGGACUACGUGCUGUUCCAGUGUGAUCCUGGUUACCUGCUUCAGGGAGCCAGUAAAAUUACCUGCACUGAGAUCAACAACCGUUUCUUCUGGCAACCUGAACCACCCACCUGCUCAGCACCGUGUGGGGGGAACCUAACUGGACCAAGUGGGCUGAUUUUGUCCCCUGAAUACCCCGAGCCCUACCCUCAUGGCAGGGAGUGUGACUGGACAGUCACUGUAACCCAAGACUACAUCAUCUCCCUCACUUUCAACCACUUUAGCCUAGAGCCCAGCUAUGACUUCCUGCACAUAUACGAUGGACCUGACUCUCUCAGCCCGCUGUUGGGAAGCUUCUAUGGUACUGAUGUCCCAGACCGCAUAGAGAGUAGCUCCAAUAGACUUUUCCUGGCUUUCAGGAGCGAUGCGUCGCUCAGCAGCAACGGCUUUGUCUUGCAGUACACAGAGAAUCCCAGAGAGUCCUGCUUCGAGCCAGGUCUUGUCCGGAACGGGACUCGAAUUGGCACAGAGCUGAAGCUUGGUUCAACGGUCACCUACUACUGUGAUAACGGCUAUACGCUGGAGGGAGAAGCGGUCCUCACCUGUGUCAUGGGGGCAGACAGCAAACCCACAUGGAACAAACCAAAACCAGUUUGUAUAGCUCUGUGUGGUGGCCAGUACUCUGGGCUGGAGGGAGUUGUGCUCUCACCUGGAUAUCCUGGAAACUACAGUGGUGGGAGAACAUGUCUCUACUCAGUGCUUGUGCCCAAUGAUUAUGUGGUCUUCAGCCAGUUUGCCUUCUUCCAGACGGCUCUGAACGACGUGGUGGAGGUUUACGAUGGUCCAACACAACAUGCCCGGGUCUUGAGCUCUCUCUCAGGGUCUCACUCAGGUGAGUCCCUGCCACUGGCCACCUCCAACCAGAUCCUCAUCCGCUUCACCUCUAAAGGACACUCCUCGUCCAGAGGCUUUCACCUCGUCUACCAAGCCGUCCCAAGAACCAGUGCCACUCAGUGCAGCUCGGUUCCAGAGCCAAGGCACGGGAGACGCACAGGAAACAACUUUGCUGUAGGAGCUGUGGUACGAUUCGAAUGUAACGCAGGCUACGUGCUGGAAGGCCCCAGUGCCAUCGAUUGCCUGACAGUACCUAAUGCCCUGGCACAGUGGAACAACACCAUCCCCAGCUGUAUAGUUCCCUGUGGGGGAAAUCUGACCCAGCGUACAGGCACCAUUCUGUCUCCUGGUUACCCUGAGCCCUAUCUGAACAGCUUGAGCUGUGUGUGGAAAAUCACUGUCCCCGAGGGAUCGGGGAUACAGAUCCAGGUGAUCAGCUUUGUGACUGAGCAGAACUGGGACUCGCUGGAGGUGUUUGACGGGGGUGACAACACUGACGCCAUGCUGGGGAGCUUCUCAGGAACCUCAGUGCCAGGACUUUUGAACAGCACAUCCAACCAGCUGUACCUGCACUUCUUCUCAGAUAUCAGUGUGUCAGCGGCCGGCUUCAGGCUGGAAUACAAGACGGUGUCCCUCACAAGCUGUCCUGAACCUGUUAUACCUAUGAAUGGUUUUAAAGUGGGGGAGCGUUUACAGAUGAACAAUGUCGUGUCUUUCCAGUGUGAUCCUGGAUAUACUUUACAGGGAGUGUCACAUAUCACCUGCAUGCCAGGAACAGUGCGGCGCUGGAAUUAUCCUCCACCACUCUGCAUUGCACAGUGUGGUGGGAUCAGAGAAGAGAUGGAAGGAACCAUCCUGAGUCCUGGUUUCCCUGGAAACUACCCUAGCAACAGCGACUGCACUUGGAGGAUCUACUUACCAGUCGGCUAUGGAGCCCACGUACAGUUUCUUAAUUUCUCAACCGAAGCCAACCAUGACUUUCUGGAGAUCAGGAACGGGCCUUUUGACACUAGCACUGUGAUCGGACGAUUCAGCGGGCAGGAUGUCCCGGCAUCUCUUCUAACAACAUCCCAUGAAACCACAGUGUACUUCCACAGUGAUCAUUCCCAGAAUAAACCAGGAUUCAGAUUUGAUUAUCAAGCCUAUGAGCUCCAAGAAUGUUCAGACCCCGAGCCUUUUCACCAUGGCGUAGUGGUGGGUGCUGGGUAUAAUGUAGGCCAGUCCAUCUCCUUCGAGUGUUACCCAGGAUAUCAGCUAAUGGGUCAGUCCAUUCUCACUUGCCAACAUGGUACAACCCGCACCUGGGAUCAUCCCUUUCCUCGGUGUGAAGCACCUUGUGGAGGGAGUAUUGCAUCAGACAACGGAACCAUAUUUUCUCCUGGCUAUCCGGACGAGUACCCGAGCUCUGCAGAAUGCACAUGGCUAAUCACGGUUGCCCCUGGAUUGGGAGUGCGCCUUAAUUUCACCCUGCUGCAAGUUCACGGGCCCCAUGACUUCAUUACUGUUUGGGACGGACCACAGGAGAACGCACGGAAGCUUGGCGUAUUUACAGAUGGUGAACCAAAUGACCCACCCAGCAGCACAUCCAAUCAGAUACUCGUACGCUUCCGCAGCAACUCGGAAAAAGGCGGACUUUUCAAGAUCAACUACCAAGCCUACAGACUCCAGUUCUGCUUGCCCCCUCCCAUCAUCCCCAAUGCAGAAAUCCUGAUGGCCAGCAAAGAGUUCAAAAUAGGUGAUAUAGUGCGUUACAGAUGUUUACCAGGGUAUCACCUCAACGGGAACAGCAUCUUAACCUGCCGUCUGGGCACGCACCUGGAGUUUGAAGGACCUCCACCUUCUUGUGAUGUUUUGUGUCCAAUGAAUGAGGUACUGACAGCUUCAACAGGAGUGAUACUGAGUCAGUCCCCAGGCAGCGGCUUCCCUCACUUUGAGUCCUGCUCCUGGGUGGUGAAAGUGGAGCCAGGCUACAACAUCUCCUUCACUAUUGAGUAUUUCCAGACCAGCAGACAGUUUGAUGAGCUUGAAAUCUUUGAUGGUCCUUCCAGACAGAGUCCUCUUCUUAUCACACUCAGCGGGAACUAUUCGUCCCCGCUGAGCAUCACCAGCUCUUCGAAUAAAGUCUACCUGCACUGGUCAUUUGAUCACACCUCCAGCCACAAAGGCUUUCGAAUCCGUUACACAGCCGCCUAUUGCAGUACUCCUAACCCUCCAGUGAAUGGCUCAGUGCACAGUCAGACAGGCACAAAGCUGGGCAGUACAUUGCGCUUCAGCUGUGACCAGGGCUUCCGCUUAAUUGGCCAGAGCAGUGCGGCUUGCACACGCACCCCAGAUGGCAUCUACCAAUGGAAUGCUCCUGUACCACUCUGCCAAGUUGUAUCAUGUGGAAUGCCCAUGGCUCCAGUGAAUGGCAGUGUGGUUGGACAAGAUUUCACGCUCGGUUUAAGGGUCACAUUUAAAUGUAACCCAGGUUUCCGACUGGCCAAUACCGUAGCUGUAUCAACAGUUUGUCAAGAGUCAGGGAGGUGGAGUCCUAUGGAGACGCCACCCCGCUGCAUACCUGUCACUUGCCCUGACAUUGGCCACUCGGCAGUGGACCACGGGAGAUGGAGGCUUAUCUACGGCAUGCAGAAUCAGUAUGAGGCCAUGAUGAUGCUCACCUGUGACCCUGGGUAUUUUUACAAGGGUCAAAGAGUCAUUCGUUGCCAAGCCAACAGCACUUGGGAUUACCCUGAACCCAGACCUGCAUGUGAAAUUAUUUCUUGUGGAGACCUUGGAACUCCACCCAAUGGAAAUAAGAUUGGCACACUGACUGUGUUCGGAGCAACAGCCAUUUUCGCCUGUAACACAGGUUAUACUCUAGUGGGCUCCAGGGUGAGAGAAUGCAUGGCCAAUGGCUUGUGGAGCGGAUCUGAGGUUCAGUGUCUUGCUGGUCACUGUGGCUCUCCUGACCCCAUAGUAAAUGGACAGAUAAUUGGUGAGAACUAUAAUUACAGGGGCAGCGUGGUUUACCAGUGUAACCCAGGGUUCAGACUUAUUGGCGUGUCAGUGCGCAUCUGUGAGCAAGAUCACCGCUGGUCUGGAAAACCUCCCGUUUGUGUCCCUAUCACAUGUGGACAUCCAGGAAAUCCUGCUAAUGGUAUGACCCAGGGAGCACAUUUCAACCUCAAUGACGUAGUUCACUUUGCCUGCAGUACCGGCUAUGUCCUACAGGGGGCCAUUAAGUCUCAAUGUCAAUCCAAUGGGCAGUGGAGCAACUCUCUCCCCAGAUGUAGAAUCGUGAACUGCACAGAGCCUGGGCAUGUGGAAAACAGUGUGAGACAGGUCCUGCCCAGUGGACCUCAUCGCUACAGCUUCCAGACUACAGUAUCUUACACAUGCAAUCCAGGAUACUACCUGCUGGGCACCAGCACGCUGACAUGCCAGGGUGAUGGCACCUGGGAUCGGUCACUGCCCAAGUGUCUCUUGGUGUUGUGUGAUCAUCCCAGCAUACCUCCUUACACACAGAUCUCAGGGGAGAGGAGAACAGUGGGUUCAGUUAUACGCUACAGCUGCAUAGGUCAUCGCACCAUUGUAGGCAACACCACCCGUGUGUGCCAGCUGAAUGGCCAGUGGAGUGGAUCACCACCACACUGUACUGGUGAUUCAGGCGGUAGAUGUGGUGACCCUGGUGUACCCGUGCAUGCUAUCCGUCUGGGAGAGCAGUUCUCUGUGGGCAGUGUGGUGCGCUUCAGCUGCGAGCCAGGAUAUGUGCUUCGUGGUUCUUUAGAGCGGACCUGCCUGGCCAAUGGCACCUGGCUGGGGACACAGCCUGAGUGCCAGGUUGUGUCUUGUGGCAAUCCCGGCACUCCUCGAAACGCUUUGAUCCAGUUCCAUGAUGGGCUGGUCUUUGCCCGCUCCAUCACAUACGCAUGCAGAGAGGGUUACUAUUCCAACGGCCUGCUCACACGCCACUGCACCGUCAACGGGACGUGGACUGGAGACAUGCCUGAAUGCACAGUUAUUAACUGCGGAGACCCAGGAGUGCCUGCAAAUGGCCUGCGACUGGGCAACGACUUCACAUACGGCAGCGCUGUUAGCUUCCAAUGUUCCCCAGGCUUUACCAUGGAUGCUGACCGUGCCUCCAAGCUCAUCUGCACAAAAGAUCGCACUUGGAAUGGCACCAAACCAGUGUGUAGAGCAAUUGUAUGUGGAACACCACCCAGUAUUCCUAAUGGCCAGGUGGUAGGAACUGACUUCCAGUGGGGCUCUAGCACCAGCUACACCUGUAACCAGGGCUAUCAACUCUCUCUGCCCACUGUCCUUACCUGUCAAGGCUCUGGCAACUGGAGUGGGGAAAGGCCACAAUGUUUCCCUGUGUUCUGUGGGGAUCCAGGGAUCCCAGCCCAGGGCCGGCGGGAGGACCAAGGAUUCACUUACCUUUCCUCUGUAUUCUUCUCCUGCUUUCCACCUCUGGUACUGGUCGGCUCCACACGGAGGUACUGCCAGUAUGAUGGAACCUGGAGUGGGAGUCAGCCAUCUUGUAUAGAUCCGAGUCACACAAGCUGUGUGGAUCCUGGAACACCCCUAUUUGGUUUUCAGAACAACACUCAAGGUUACCAGAUUGGCAGUACAGUGUUCUACAGCUGCAGAAAGGGUUACCUGCUCCUUGGCUCUAUUUCUCGUACCUGCUUGCCUAACCUCACUUGGAGUGGAAUGCCACCAGAGUGUAUUGCUCACCACUGUAGUCAGCCUGAACUUCCAGCACAAGCAGAUGCUAGAGCCAUAGAGCUGCCAUCUCUGGGUUACACUCUCAUCUACACCUGUCAGCCUGGCUUUUAUUUAGCCGGAGGCUCUGAACACCGCACGUGCAGACCUGAUGGCAGCUGGACUGGCAAGCCACCACUAUGUGCAGCUGAUAACAGACCAAGUGGAAAAACAGUUGGAAACGUGCAAGAGCCCCCUAACACAAAACUUCAUGUGCCUAGUGGAGUGUUUGCCCGGAACUCACUGUGGAGAGGCUCAUAUGAAUAUCUUGGGAAGAAGCAGCCAGCCAUGCUGAGCAUAACUGCUUUUGAACCAUUUAGUAACCGGGUCAAUGGCACCCUCAUGGACCACAGUGGAGUGCAGCUUAAUCUGGCUGGAACCUAUAAGAGAGAAGAGGCCCAUUUGUUGCUCCAAGUCUAUCAGAUCCGAGGGCCAGUGGAAAUCUUUGUCAACAAAUUCAAAAUUGACAACUGGGCACUAGAUGGACAUGUGUCAUAUAUGCCUUCAUCUAACUCCUUUGUAUAUCAAGGAUUUGUUCGAGGAAAAGGAUUUGGCCAGUUUGGGCUUCAGAGGCUUGAGGGGCUGGACCCAAAUGGGGAGAAUCUCAGCUACAAUUUUGCCUCUAACAGCAGUUCAGUGGCAGCAGCCAUCUUAGUGCCUUUUAUAGCCAUGAUUAUAGCAGGAUUUGCUCUGUACCUCUACAAACACAGAAAAAGACCUAAAGUACCCUUCAAUGGCUAUGCUGGCCAUGAAAACACCAAUGGAAGAGCAACGUUUGAAAACCCCAUGUAUGACCGUAAUAUCCAGCCCACAGACAUCAUGGCCAACGAGUCUGAAUUCACAGUCAGCACAGUCUGCACAGCCGUAUAGCCACUGUUCCUCCACAGGUUGACAUCGAAUUUUCUCCCCUGCCCACUCAAGUGCCCCCACAAGCAGGACCGGACUGUGUGGGUGGGCUGACAAACAUAGAAGCCUAUUUUCAUUUACUGAGAAGAUUCUAAUCAUUAUUACGCAAAAGAGAUCACACCCUGAUUAAGAAGCAGGAAAAAUUCUGAACAAGAAAACAAAUGCGUUCCUUAGUGGCAAAUACAGCCGUGUCUGUUAUCCCAAACUUCUUCUAUUCUUAUAUGUCUGCUAUUUCCCUUUUGUUUUGUUUUUUUUUUUGGGGUUUUUUUCUGGAAAGAGCUUUCAUGAAUCUUUGGCAUGGCAGAGAGGAUGCUUGUGAUUCUGUCACUUACAGAGAAAAAAACACGAGAAAAUGACAUGAUGGGGUUUCAGUAGCCAGAGGCUGACGUGUACCGUUUCUACUGGGUGAACAGGGAUUUGGGAUGAGUCUUGCUAUGGGCAGAACUAGUGAGAAGAACUUCCUGGACAGUCAGCGCUUCAUUUUGAUUUUCUACCUUUUCUUCAUGGAAUGCAUUUUGGUUGGUGUUUUUUUUUUUGUUUUGUUUGUUUUUUUUGUCUCCUUGCACAUUGAAGCUGCAAGAUUGCGGAUAAGUGCAGACUUUGUUCGCAUUACUGGAUCUCUCUGGCUGACACUUUCACUAUUGAUUCCUGUGAAAUUUUCACCUGAAGCCACAGAGCCUUGAAUUGAAGUGGAAUGAGAUUUUGAGGCUUAUUAGAAGACAAGGAUUAUAUCAUUAGCACCUUUCUCUACUUGUUCCAACCCAGAGGAUGGGGUGUUCUCUCUGCAGCAUUUCGCCAGCCUGGCUGAGAUUGGACAGGCUGUACAUGCCCCCUGAGGAGAACGCUGGGGCAGAAAAUAUGAAAGGAAAGUUGGGUUUAGGCAAUUCAUCUUUUUUGUUGUUGUUGUUGUUACUUACAGACGGUAUGGCAAUGCACUUGGAUGGUAUCUACAUUCCUCAAGGUGGGGCAGCAGCCUUUUGACAACCGUAUCAGUCAUUAGAGUGCAGUUGCAUUCCCUAAUAUCUUGAAAAUGAAGGCAGGUUCUGGAUGCUCAGGUCUGGGGAACUGUGGAGCUAGAGUGCAAAAGCAUGGUUCUUUACCUUUGUAUGUCGGUGGGAUGGAGUCUUUAGAGGGCUGUGACAUCUGAUAUUUAAAUAUCUUUACUUUCUUUUUGGAAAGGUUACCUAAAGUGAAGAGUCUGUGGAUUCCUGUAUGUAUCAAUGCCUUACACUGUAGCUAGUAUGCAACAUCAAGGCAAACUUUGACCGCAGUCAAUGAGGUUCUGUUUUUCUUUUGGUUUUGGUCAAGGGAACAAUCAAGGAAUGGUAUUGUUCACAGUGUUCCCAUCUCACUAUAUCAUACUGCAUGCAGAUUUUUUCUCUCACAAAGCAUUUUUUCUUACAGUUAAAUAUUAGGAAAAAAUGACAGGCACAUAUUCAAAUGUUAAAGGCAGAUUCUCAGAAUACCAGAAAUACAUGUCCAUUUCUUUUGCAAUUAUUUUCAACCCCAGAUUCCAUAGUUUAACCCUGUGAUUAGGAUGUUCUUGUGUACGUGUGGGUUUCCUCUGGUUCCUGCUUGUUGUUGGAUCGGCUAUGUUAAAUUGCCCCUAAUUGUGAAUAUGUGUGUGCGUGAUUCAAUGCAAUGCAUGACCUGUAUUCCAGAGUAAAUUCCCACCUCAUGAACAGUGUUCCCAGGAUAGGCUCUGGAUCCACUGUGACCUGAAGAGGAUAAAGCACGUACUGCAGAUGAAGAAAUAAAUUCAGGUCAGGGAUAGAAACAUGACACACUUUUUAAUUUCAUUGUCAGGGAGAGCCACUUAAUACACAGUCACUUUUACUAAUUGGGUGGAUGGUUAAAGACCAACCAUAGUGUGUUGUGGCUCUGCAUAUAUGCUCAAUGGGCUUGGAGAGUCAUCUAGUACUACUGAUACAUUGAUAUCUGCCUAUAAACGUAAUGAUUUAUUGUAUACGUUGCCAUGUAUUUCUGACCAUCAACGUUUUACUGAGUUUUUAAAAUCCCUGUUAUAGUUUAUCCAAUGCAUUUCUAUACUGUCACUUCUCUGUCAAUUCCAUCUCUCUUUUGGUAAUUGCUUUUCAUUUGUUUUACUUUUUAAAUCUGUAGCUUAUCUCAGUUACAUGGAUAUAUCACCCAGUGCCUGUUCCAAUUCUGAGUUGAGAAAAUGAUUGGAUUUCCCUUGUAUCUCACAGGCAAAACCGUUGCCAGGCACAUUGUACUAUACCAAUUGGCGAUGGGUUUGUUUUGCAGAAUAUUUUUUCUUGUUUUUUUUUUUCCUUGUUCUUCAUCAGAGUAGAAGGCCCCUCACUUAUACUCUGUGUCCUGCACAUUAGAUAUCAGUUAUUACUCUGUGUCCCCAAUCAUUUACAGUCCUAACAUGCAGGCGCUUACUGAUAGUCAUGCAAUGGCAAUUCUUUAUUAGGAUAGAUGGCAAAAAGGUUUUUACUCAGUUACUGCUUUGGCAUUAGAAUUUGUACAAAAUUACUCAUAAGAAAUCUCAUGAAAACACUUUCACUCCAUCAUUGAUUAUUUUCACUACAGAACCCCAGGCAUAAAGUUUUGCUUUUUCUUCAACAAAAUCCCUUCUUCUCUUUUGUUAUCUCUUCUAUUCUUUAUGCAUCUGAAACUAGAAAAAAAAAAAGUUUAGAACAAUUCAUAACUGAUGACCUCAGUUGUUUCUUGAGGUCUUUCUUUUACAGUUGUAACACCAUGUGCCUCACGGUACAUCCCUGUGAUGUAUUUGGCUCACAGAUCAUUUAGUCCUUCUUUAGUUCCCUAUUUGCCAGGUUGAUACUGUACAAGGGUCUGUUUAAAAAUAAUAAAAAACAACAGUUGGGAUGAAUUUCAAAGCCAAUACUUUCUCUUUCAUAUAAUAUGAUAUAAUAUGAAUCAUGUUUUCCAAAAGGGAAAGAAGACAAAUUCCACGUUUUAAAGACCUUUUAAUGAAUUCUCCGUAGUUUGUGAUCAUAAGACUUGAGGGAUUCUCACACAUCUUAAGAAAAAAAAAAAAUCUUUGGUCAUCAGGUAUAAUUGCUGUAUAUGUUAGUCUUUCCUGCUGUUUUCUGUUUUUUUUUUUUGUUUUGUUUUUUUUUUUUUUUUUAGAAAUAGUUUAAAACCAUAACAUUAAUAAUAGUCUAAUGCUGCUCAUUUGCCAAUGUAUUAUACAACUUUGGCUUACAAAAAUGAACCUAAUACACAAAAAUCCAUUAAAUAUUUGCACAUAAAUCUUCCCCGGCGAUCGUUUGGGUUCUUUGUAAUUAUUAUAGGUGUUCUUUGCUCUGCAGAAAUAAAAGGGAGGCAAGCAAGGUUUUGAAGUCGUGGUCUCGUCGGCAGUGAAGCUGACUCAUCUUUAUCACUUAUAGUCAGGUUUGCUUGACUCUCGCUGGUGAACUGAAAAGGGAUGUGCUUCAUUUCUUUGAUACACUCAAUUGAGUUUAUGUCAAACCCUCAUUAUUGUUGUUACAGUUGUUUUGUGUGGUGAAAUGUCUUUCUUUAUUAAUGAGGCAGAUUAAUUUUGACAUUAGUAUUAAUUGAAAGCACAUAUUUAAUGGAUUAAUUCCUUUGAUCCCAUGUAAUAUUUCAACUGUUGCUAUGACUACACUUUACAUCUCACUUGUGUAUCUCUUGUCUAAUGCCUCAUGUGGAUGAAGUAAGACAAAAAAGUCAACUUUAAUAUGGAAAUCUCCAUGUUAAAUUGAAUGUAACUCAAUUUUGUAUUGCCUGAAAUGUAUUGAAAUCACUUUUCCUUUAUAUUUCCCAUAUCACCUAAAGAAGAAUACUUAUCCCAAGCUCGUAAAAAAAGAAAUCAAAUAAUAGCAAGAUUAUAAAAUCUUUAAAAUUGUACAUAAGCUACAGUAUAUUGGAAUAGCGUUAUCCCCAGAGUACAUAUUCAAACAAUUUCAUUUAUAAAGCCACACACACACACACACACACACACACACACACACACACACACACACACACACGCACACACACACACACACUCCUUUAUCAUACAUUGUUUUAAUUGUUCAUUUAAAAAAAAGAACCCAGACUAGCGAUGCAUUCCUCUCCGCUCUGCAAGAGAGAAGUGCCCAACUUUGAGUGACUUAUAGACCUGCUUUGUCUAGCCAAAGCCUCAAGGAACACCAGUCAGACUGCAGUUCUAUGCUCUUUGACCAAAAGGGUUGUGUUGCAAAGCAAGUGUAAAAAUAUAUAUAUAUAUACAAAAAAAAACAGACUUGAAUGGACUAGCUUGAAUGGACUAGCCUGCUCUGAAUUACGAGGAAAAAGGAGAACAAAUAAAUGAAAAAAAAAAUAUUUUGUACAGAGAUAUAUUUUUAUGGAAACCCAUUUGUAAUAUAAAAAGAGAAAAAUUGAUUGACAGAUAUGUAAAUGUUUUUUCAUUAUUGUAGUACAAAUGCUAGUGGGGAAUAUAAAAAUAUCUAUAUACAAAGAGAAAAUAGAAACAAAGCUUUUUUUGUAAAUGUAUAAAAGAAAUGUAUAUACAUGUUUACAUAUUGUACAUAUGUAAUCCCCGACAUGGCUCGUCUGCAGUAUAUAAAAUGUAUUUUAUCCGUCUGUAUAUGAUGCUUUGCAUUGUGUUUAAGCUUAAACUUUCUUGAACCUGAAACAUAUUUUGAAGGUUUUUGAAUAAAAAAAAAUAAAAACA